GGACUAUGAGUAGCUGAGAGAGAGAGAAAGAGAGAGAGAGAAUUCUCCCUUUGGUGAUAUGGAGAGGUGGAUGGAAGGCUUGACAGCAGAAGUGUCUGAACCUGUCUACAAUUUCACUGGCUGUAUACAAGUCCUAGAAAUCAAUAAUCUGGGAUCUUUCACCUUCUCUAAUGCUGUGGGCAGAAAUAAUAUUGACAGCUGCAGGCUUCCUCUUUCUACACAGAUGUCAACAAAUGUCCUUGCUGCUGCUUCUGAUAUAUCUGAACUUCUCAAGCCUGUUGUUCCUUCCUUGAGUUCUCCUGGGUUGCCAUCAGUGUGUCAGGAGAGUUUGUGUCAUAAUGGAGGGACUUGUCAUCACAUCCAUCUUUCUAGUGGGGCCACAUCAUUUCAAUGUGACUGCCCUCUACAUUUCACUGGGCAUUUCUGUGAAAAAGACGCAGCACUGUUUUUUCCAUCCUUCAAUGGGAACUCUUAUUUAGAACUGCCUUCUGUAACAUCUGUAUCAAAGAUCCAGCUUGCACUGGGGCAGGAACCAAACAGAAUUACAAAUAUAUACUUGACAGUGAAAACAACUGCUUUAAAUGGCACUAUCCUUUACACCAGUGAAAAGAAUUUUGGAGAACAGUUUCUUCAUCUGUAUCUUGAAGGAGGAAGACCAACAGUUCGAUUUGGGUGUGGCAACUCACAAAACAUUCUGGCUGCAUCCGUCAAUCAAUCUGUUAACAAAGAUGUACUCUUUCCUAUCACAAUAAGCUAUAUGUUGCCUGUUGGCAGUCCUGGAGGUUAUUGUAUGAUUAAAAUGGCUGCAGAUGGAAAUCCUCCUGUACAACACAGAGUCUCUCUGACAAAUCCUGUGUCUCAGAGCACCUUUGGAUCAAUGUUCCUUGGAAAUGUCCCUGCUCAAGCUCAGGUCCACCAGAGUGCAGGGCGGAUUCAGGGCUACAAAGGCUGCAUUAGGGAGUUUCAAGUGAACAACAAAGAACUAUUUAUCAUCGACGAGGCCCUAGGUGGGAGGAACAUUGAGAACUGCAAUGUCCCUGUCUGUGAUUAUCAUCCAUGUCGCAAUGGCGGUACCUGCACCAGUGAUACAGAAAACUGGUUCUGUGAGUGCCCUGGACUCUACACUGGAAAACUUUGUCAGUUCACAACUUGUGAUGAGAAUCCAUGUGGGAACGGUGCUACUUGUUUUCCAAAAUCCAGCCAAGAUGCUGUUUGCCUCUGUCCUUAUGGAAAAACUGGAAUCCUCUGCAAUGAUGGUAAGGAUGAUAUAAAAUUUAGCAAGUGUUUUGACAUGAGUCAACGGACAGGAGUAGGAGGAUAG